AUGCCUGUAGCCAAGAUUUCUCCUUCUAUGCUCUCCAGUGACUUUUCACAGCUCGCAGUCGAAGCAAAGCGUAUGUAUAAAAAUGGCGCAGAUUGGCUUCAUUUAGAUGUUAUGGACGGACAUUUUGUACCUAACCUUACUUGGGGAGCACCUAUUAUCUCAGCCAUUCGUCCUCAUACUGAGGCUUACUUUGAUUGUCAUAUGAUGGUCUCAAAUCCGGCUCAAUGGGUUGAUGAUAUUGCCAAGGCAGGUGGUCAAAUGUACACAUUCCAUAUUGAGGCAACCCAAGACCCUCUUGGUUUGAUCAAACAAAUUCAUGAAGCGGGCAUGAAAGCAGGUGUUGCCAUCAAACCUAAUACACCUAUUGACGCUGUUGUCGGCGAAGUAGCCGAAAAAUGUGAUAUGAUUUUGGUGAUGACGGUCGAACCCGGAUUUGGCGGUCAAAAAUUCAUGGCCCAAUGCAUGCCAAAAGUAGAGGCACUACGUAACAAAUAUCCUAACAAGGAUAUUGAAGUAGAUGGAGGUUUAUCUUUAGAAACAAUUGAUGCAUCGGCUGAAGCUGGUGCUAAUGUCAUUGUGGCCGGUACGGGUAUUUUUAAAGCCGAAGAUCCUGCUGCUGUGAUUCAGACCUUCAAGGACAAAGUAAACAAAGCGCAAAAAGACAAAUUCAAGACUAUCUAG